AUGCCCCGUGGCACAUCAAACUUAAUUACGCCUCGAUUCUAUUCAAGUGCAGUUUCAAAUGGUCAUCGUGCUCCUCCGCUAGCCGGUAUCACUGUUGUGAGCUUGGAACAAGCUAUUGCCGCCCCGUUUUGUACUCGGCAAUUGGCUGAUCUUGGAGCUCGCGUUAUCAAAGUCGAACGACCGGGCGUGGGAGACUUUGCUCGUCAAUACGAUGAUCGUGUCAAUGGAAUGUCUUCGCAUUUUGUCUGGACCAACCGUUCAAAAGAGAGCUUGGCACUUGACCUGAAACAGAAGGAAGACCAUGCCGUCUUGAUGAAGCUCUUGGAGCGAGCGGAUGUACUUGUCCAGAACUUGGCCCCAGGCGCCAGUGCACGCUUGGGUUUAUCCCAUGAUGCGCUGAAGGAGAAGCAUCCUUCUUUGAUUGUUUGUGAUAUCUCUGGAUAUGGUCAGGAUGGCCCGUAUCGCGACAAGAAGGCAUAUGAUCUUCUCAUUCAAAGCGAAGCAGGACUGCUGUCCGUUACUGGCACCGGCAAGGAGCCUGUAAAGGUGGCCAUCUCCAUCGCAGACAUUGCUGCUGGCAUGUAUGCAUACACCAAUAUUCUUUCGGCGCUCUUGCAGCGGGGAAAGGAUGGCCAAGGCUGUCGUAUCGACAUAUCGAUGCUGGAAAGCAUGGUCGAGUGGAUGAAUUUCCCAAUGUACUACGCCUUUGGUGGCGCCCCUGGUCCUGUGCCAUCAGGAGCCUCCCAUGCCUCAAUCUAUCCGUACGGUCCGUUUGAAGCCAGCGAUGGCCAGGUCAUGUUGGGAAUUCAAAACGAGAGAGAGUGGGUCAAGUUCUGCUCUGAUGUCCUCCAACAACCUGAUUUAGCCUCGGACCCUCGAUUUUCGAGCAACACCUUGCGGACUAAGAAUCGGGACGCAUUGAAGGCCAUCAUUUGCGAUGUCUUCUCUCAGCUGACGGCCUCAGAGACUAUUGCGCGCUUGGAGGCGGCCUCAAUCGCAAACGCGAACUUGAACGACAUGCAAGGAGUCUGGAAACACGCACAGCUUCAAGCUCGCGAUCGGUGGGUCGAUAUUCAGACUCCUGUUGGUACUGUACCGGCGCUCCUUCCACCAGGCUCCACAAAGUCUGCCAAACAAGGUGGCUAUGCGGCUCAAAUGGGUUCGGUUCCAAAAGUUGGGGAACAUAAUGAGGCAAUCCUCGCUGAGUUGGGGUUGGCGGAAUAG